AUGCUCGGCCUGCUGGCCGCCGCCCUCUCCUUCUCAAGUGCACUUCUGUCGAGGGCUCGCACAAAUGCGCUAGCCUGCAGCAGCGCCGCAUCACCAGCGCUCAGACCAGCGGGCUUUUCCGGGAGACAGUCCGCCACAGAUGCAGUGCCGCCCUCUGAGCCCACACGACAGACGGGUACCGCGUCGCACCAGUGGCUCCUCGCCACGCACAGCGCGGCGCGGCAAUCAGCGCCGCUUGCCUGUGCCGCCGGCGGCGGCGGCAGCAGCGAAAGCGGCGGCGGCGGCGGCGGCGGCGGCGGCGGCGGCGGCGGCGGCGGCGGCGCGCCUCGGAAGGCGGCGCGGCGCGGGCCGCCCAUCCUGGGCAAGCGCGCGUGGCAGGUCGGUCUGUCUGGCGUCGUCUGCGCGACCGUGCUCUCCUACUUGCGCCGCUCGGCCGCGCCGCGCCUCUUCGCCCUCCACGUCGCAGCCAUGGCGCCGAUGCUUCCUCUCGCCACCGCAUCGGUGAGCACGGUGAGGCAGCGGCUGACGAGGCCGCCUGCGGGCCUGCCCGCCGCCGCGCGGAGGCGGCGCAACGAGUGGUACGUGAUCCGCCACUUUGUCGCCUCCGCGGCCGCCUUCUACCUCGCCAUCGCCGGCCUGGUCGGCAUCGUGUGCCAGAAGGAGGCGCUCGGAAGGCCCCACCUGCGCACGCUGCACGCCUGGUGCGGCGCUGCGGCGUGGGUCCUGUGGGGCGCCGCAUAUCUCGCGGCGCAGCCGCAGGUGUGGCGCGACCAGUGGCGGCAGCGCCGCUUCUCGCUCCUCUCCAACAAGCGGUGGCUCUGGUCCGACAGCACGCACCGCCGUCUCGGCGUCCUCGCCUUCGGCGCCGCCCUGACUGCCUACGCCAGCGGGCUGCUUGGCUGGCGCGCGCUGCCUCCGCUCGUCGCGAGAUGCUGCGCCGGCCUCGUCGCCCUCAUCGGCGCGUCGACCUUGGGCGGACACGGGGCUCGUGUACGUGAGUCGGGGCGCGCGCUCAGGGCUGCGGCGCUGCCGCCGGCACGCUUGGUGAGGGGCGUGUGGAGGGGGGGGGUUCCGCGCGAGGACGACUGA